UUGUGACGUUUACAUUCCCUGCUCCUGCCCUCUCAGCCAUAUUGAAACGGCAGUUUCCGUCUUUCCGACUUUGGCUGCCCGGGAAGGUGGCAGAAGAACUUCAAACUAACGCUUCUUGAAUUUGGAAUUAAAAUAUUUUGGUCGUUGGAAAACUUACCAGAGAUUGUGGCUUUGCGUCUACAGCCGUUGAUCAGUGGCUUUGAGGCGUCUGAAAGAUGGUGGACCGCUUGGCAAACAGUGAGGCCAACUCUAAGCGCAUCGGGUUUGUGGAAGCAUGCUUCGGCACUGCAGGUCAACCGCUAGCCAUCCCAGGUCGAGUGCUCAUCGGGGAGGGCGUUCUCACAAAGCUGUGCCGCAAAAAGCCCAAAGCCCGGCAGUUCUUCCUCUUCAACGACAUCCUGGUGUACGGCAACAUCGUCAUCCUGAAGAAGAAAUACAAUAAGCAGCACAUCAUCCCUCUGGAGAGCGUCACCAUAGACACUGUUGAUGAUGAGGGCGAACUACGCAAUGGCUGGCUCAUUAAAACGCCCACCAAAUCCUUCGCCGUCUAUGCCGCGACAGCAACAGAGAAGUCCGAGUGGAUGAGCCACAUCAGCAAGUGUGUUUCGGACCUGCUGGAAAAAAGCGGGAAAUCUCCCACCGGCGAGCACGCAGCGGUCUGGGUGCCCGACUCGGAAGCGACCGUGUGCAUGCGCUGCCAGAAGAUGAAGUUCACCCCCGUCAACCGGCGCCACCACUGCCGGAAGUGCGGCUUCGUCGUGUGCGGCCCCUGUUCGGAGAAAAAGUUCCUGCUGCCCAGUCAGUCGUCCAAACCGGUGCGUGUGUGCGAGUUCUGUUACAAGCAGCUCUCCACGGGAGCCUCCCACUCGGACAGCCGGCACGGUUUGGAGUAUUCCAGCAACAACGGAAUGUCGGACGACGACGAUGAAGACGACAGCAGUGACUAAGGGCCACUUUUAGGAAUACUGACAAUUUACAGAUCAUAUCUUGAUAUUUUAGUCGUGCUAAUUUUCAUUCAGGGUUUGCAAAGUGGCAAUAACACUUACCCAAAACAAUUAAAGGCCCUGCGCAUAUGAUCAAAAGGUUUGAUGGGAAAUGUUCCUGCGUAUUCAUGAACACUACUUGCCUGCUCGCUCUUUCACAUUCAUUCCGCUCUAUAGGCCAUUUUUCACAUAGAUGUAUUUCUUGGAAAUGGUGCUCUUUCAUCAACUUUAUUUGAACCCGUUUCUACCUUUUUGCUACUUUAUUCUCUCUUGCUACUAUGCUGCUAUCCCGUGGAACAGAGAAUGCUGGGUAAUGUGAUUGCGGGCUGUUACUAGACAUACAUUCCCUCAGGUGAAACUAUGUAGUGCAUUAGAACUAGGUUUUAAACAAGGAGCUGCAUUUAAUGCUUUGAACAACUAACCACUAACAAACCAGGAAAGUGUGUUUGGGUGAAAGUCUUCUUAGUCGGUUUCUAGUAAUUGCAAAUGACAAAUCAGAUAGAUGCUACUAAGCUUGUAAAUGUGUAUAUAAUGCUGUCGUGUUGCAUAAUUCAUCAUCUGACAAGGUCGUCGCUGCCUCAGUGCCUUAUUUAUCCUCAGGAAGUAGGUCCUGGAAGUGAGAAAAUUAGAAUACACUUUGACUUGGGUCAAUGUUUUUUUACUUUCAGACACCUGCCGCCUUUUGAUACCACACCACAUGAUAGAGGCACACAGGGUAACAUUCAGUGACCUUAUGAUUAGUUACGAUUAACUAGAACGUCAGUUUCAGUUGGGUACAGUCCAAAUCAUUGUUAUCCUAGCUUUUAGACCCAUGCAUCUAGUAUCUUGCGUCUGUACUCCACAUGCUGGUGUCUCUCUCCUGCCCUGACUUCAACUCUAUAGAAAUCUACACGCUAACAUGCAGCUCGCAGGGAUUGCUCUUCACUAAGGCGAAGGACGCACUCUCCAAGCCCUUUCUAAUUGAGGUCUUUAUGUUAGCAAGGUCAUAUGUAAGGCCAUGACGGUAAAUCCUACAGAUUUUGAACGGGAAUCGAAAGCAUUAUGAGGAAGUGACUGACAGCCACUUUUUUUUUUUUAAAUUGGCUGUUCAACACAAUAAUAACUGCACUAACUUCUUUCCAAAGUGGUGUUUUAUACAGUGGUAUAGUGGUGUUGGACUCUUAAAGAAGUGCAGUAGGAUAUUUCAUCAACGAUCUACAGUAAUUUUUCCUCUUACGCAAGUCAAGCUUGUGGGAGAAUAGUCUGAACUUCUUGACUGUCUGAAUACUUGAUCACCUAUGUCAGAAUAACAAAACUGACAUUGAAAAGGGAAACUAACUCUGGCUAAACAGUCCGCUCAGACCGUCUAGUUUAUAUGCAUCGAGAUACACUUGAGUGAAACUAUUUUUUUGUUUUGCUUUUUUUUACACAUUUGUGUGUCUUAUUUGAGAUUUAGAAAUAGGUUUACAGUGAUUGAAUAAUUUAAUCUUGCUUCUGGAACAUAAAAGUAGAAGCUAUAUAUGGCAUAAUGUUGGAUUUAAUGAAUUGUUUUAACCUGAGAUGGUUUCUUUGUUUUAAAUUCUACUUAUGUUGUAAUAUUCUGCUUCAGUUGUAAUAUCCUGAGAUAAUUGUUUUGAUUUUCCAUGUUGUAAACUUUGUACAGUUUUUUUUUUUUUUUUGGUUUGCAGCUGUUUUUCUUUUUCGUAGCAUUUCCGUGUGGUUCACGUGUGCAUUUCCUGAACACCUCUGGAUCAGCUACCAGCACUUUACUCUCUCUGUAAACCACAAGAGAGGGGUGGAGCCUGUGUAAGAUGUGGGCAGGAUUACAAAUGGCCUGCAAAUACAAGAUCUUAAUCAGUUGAGCAAAGCAUCAGAGUAUAAACAGGAUUGGCAUUUACUUUCAAUUUAUUUUAUUUUCCAAUUUCUUGAACAUUUAAAAUUUAAAGAACAUUCUGUUCUUGAAUGGAUUUUUGGGAUUUACUGUUUUCUUGUACAUUUUUGCAUUUUUAAUACCCAUUUAAAACUCUGAAAGGGCUGAAAACUGAAUGUAAUUGUCAUAUCAUCAUUAUUAGAUACUAAUUUUGAGGAAAUAUAUGCAUUGCUUAAACUCUUGUGCCUUGUCUUAUGUAAUACUGGCCAAAUCCAAAUAACCGUUCUAGAACGAAUUGGACCAAUCGUGUCAGGACAAUAUCUCUCAUAUAUUUGACUGAAUUAUUGACUGAAUAUCUGCAUUGGUUUCUAUGAAGAUGACGUUAGGUUGGUGUGUAUGCUUAUGCCAAAAAAAAACAA